AUGAAAGCCGACCCAGAUGCUUGCAGCAAAGUGGAUUUCGUAGGAAUGACUCCAUUCCAUGUCCUUGGGUUAUCUCAAAUGCCGUGCUUGCGCCUGUUUCAAGAGCCUCUUUCGAUAGUAUCCUCUGUGGAUAUCAUUAUGCGAUCUCAAGACAUCUUUGGAUGUACACCGUUAGACUACCUGUUCAAAAAUCGCUCAUCACACGCAGUGAAUGUGACAAAAUCGUUGCUUCCUGUAGUCCUGAAGCCCCGUGUGUCAAUCUUGGGACUGCCCCAGUGGAGGGAAGAGCUUCGAUCUAGUUUGGGCAUGGUCGACGCUUCAGAUGCCGUAUCCAUUGCUUCAGAAGUCGCUUCUGUUUGCCGGAAAUUGGCAGUGCACAAAUGGAUGGAGGCGCAGUCGCUGCUGGAAAUUGCUCUAUGGGGAUCGAAAGUGACGGAACAAUUCAUGGGAUUACAUAAGGCAGGAGAUUGCGCAGCAAUUGUAUUGGAAAGUGACCAGACAUUGGUCACGGCUCGAGAAAAUACUUGCAUCAAUUGUGGAAUCAACUUAGUGCUGAGCACCAGAGGUACUACAUGA